AUGGAGAAGAGAUCGUCGAUGCUGUCGUCGGCUUCGAGAGCUCCGAUGAAGCGGGGAAAGUACGUCACCAUGUCGAUGGCGAAGAAAGCUGCUAUCGUCAAGCUCGUUGAAAGUGGCCGAUCGCGGGCAGAAGUUGCGAAAGAGUUUCAGAUUUCCAAACAGACUCUUUUGGACUACAUCAAAAAUAAGCAAAAGAUUUUGGAGGCAGCGGAAAAGUCUACUGGAUCUCGUCAGAAAAAUGUAAGCCAAGGCACCUACCCAAAGCUCGAGGAGGCCCUUCUCGUAUGGCUGAAGUCAACAGUGGCCAGCAAGGUUCCCGUCUCCGGGGGCCUCCUCAAACAAAAAGCUGAGACGAUGGCACUUCAAAUGAACAUUGAAGGAUUUAAGGUCAGUGACGGCUGGCUAAGAAACUUCAAGAAGCGCUUUGAUCUCAGUUUUAAAAAACUGUGCGGCGAAAGUGCAGCUGUUGACCUGAGCGUCGUUGCGAACUACCGCUCUGAAAAGCUACAGUCCCUUUUACAGGAGUACUCGCCAGAUGAUACUUUCAACUGUGACGAGACCGGACUUUUUUUUAAGCUGAUGCCAGAAAAGACUCUUGCCUUUGCUGGCGACCCUUGCCAUGGUGGCAAACACAGUAAGGAGCGAGUUACUGUACUUAUCGGUAGCAAUAUGUCAGGCACAGAAAAACUGCCGAUGCUCGUCAUCGGCAAGUCGAAAGCUCCGAGGUGCUUCAAAGGCUUGAAGUCCCUGCCUGUUUUGUACGAGGCCAACAAAAAAGCCUGGGUAACUCAGCAGAUUUUUGAAAGCUAUGUCAGAAGACUAGAUCGCAAAUUUGAUCUAGAAGGCCGCAAAAUUUUGUUGUUUGUCGACAACUGCGCUGCACACGGGCACAUUAACAACUUGAAGUCUGUGCGCGUCGAGUUCUUGCCACCGAACACAACAAGUGUCCUACAACCGAUGGACCAGGGUGUUAUACGCACUCUCAAAGUGAACUAUCGGUCACGUUUGCUUUCGCGUGUGGUGGUGUGCCUCGACAGUGGAAAAGUCUACUCGGUCGAUUUGCUUGGAGCACUCAGCAUGCUCGCCGAUGCGUGGAAGUCGAUCUCAUCAACAACACUGCACAACUGUUUCCGCCACGCGGGAUUUGUGUUGAAUGGCGAGUCGGCCGCCUUGGACGAGGACAGCGUCCUCGAGCAGGUGUCUGGAAGUGAGCAGCUCAUCGACGACCUUCGCACUGCAGGCAUCGAGAUUCCCUCAAAUGUCUCGUUUUCUGAGUUUGCCCGUGUGGACAGCGAGUUGGAACUGUGCGCUGGGCUCACAGAUGAAGAAAUUAUUCGCCAAGUGCUUGCGGAGUCUGAGAGCGACGACGACGACGACUUACCUGCAACAGCGCAGCCGACGCAAGCUGAGCGGCAAGCGGUAGCAACUCUUUCGUCGGCUUACGGCGACUCGACGACUCUCGCCGAAAUUCAGGCGGACCUGCUCACACAGAAGCGAAGCAUGGUUCAGAAGAGGAUUAAUCACUUUUUCCACCCUCUGGCACAAUAG